CCCACUAUGCAUUUUUAUUUAUCGUCCUUAUAAAUUGUUACUGAUUUGAUUUUUCUUGUUGGCAAAGAUAUGGGAAAAAAAGAAAAGAAAAAAUGGUUCCAAUUCCGGUCGUUCGUCAGUAUUAUCAAGACACGGCCAAAGUUUGAAGGGACAGUUGGACAAAAAAGCGGGUAAAAGAUCAGUUUGAGUCCGGAAAACGUUGGGAGGCGCUGGUUUUUCCUCAAGUUUCGGUCUGACUGCUGCAAUGGCACUCUCUCUCAUUUCCACCCAUUGCUUAGUUGUACUGUCCAAUUGUCCUCUAAUAUUAGCCACCGCUUCCCAUAAUUCCAAAACUGUUAGCAACAGAAAUCAAAAUUAAAAUGAACAAAAAAAUAAUCAUAUUAAUAAUAAUAAGAAGAAAAAAAUUUAAAUCAUUUCUUUUUGGUUCAUGAAUGAAUCUACAUCUUGACCACCCAAUCAUCUUGUUUCUCAACUAGGUUCCUGCAUUUUCUUCAUUUGAAGUGUAAACCCCAAAUCUUCCUUUUCCUGUGUGGGUUUUAUUUCUUCGUGAUUUUGGAAGGAUGGACAACAGCAACAACGUUCUGGGGUUGUUGAUUGUAGUUUUCUUGGGGGUCCUGACCUCCCAGGUUCUUUCCAAAACCAAUUCUCCAGAUGUCUCUGCUCUUAAUGUAAUGUAUACCAGCUUAAACUCUCCUUCAAAACUAAGCACUUGGAAAUCAAGUGGAGGUGAUCCUUGUGGCGAUUCAUGGGAGGGAAUCACAUGCUCAGGAUCAUCUGUAACUGAAAUAGAUUUAUCUAACCUUGGACUCUCUGGAUCAAUGGGUUAUCAGCUGUCAAGCUUGACAUCUGUCACUCACUUUGAUUUAAGCAAGAACAACAUCAAGGGUGAUAUACCAUAUCAACUUCCUCCAAAUGUACAACAUCUAGAUCUUUCUCAUAACGGAUUUACCAAUAAUGUGCCUUAUUCAGUUUCUCAGAUGACAGACCUCGAGUACCUGAAUCUUGGUAAUAAUCAGCUCAAUGGACAAUUGAGUGAUAUGUUUCAACAGCUGCCUAAACUCAAAGAGCUGGAUCUCUCUUUCAACUCCAUAACAGGCAAUUUGCCUCAGAGUUUCUCAAAGCUCUCAAGCCUCACCACAUUGCAUUUGCAGAACAAUAAAUUCACUGGUACAAUCGAUGUACUUACUAACCUUCCCCUGGAUGAUUUGAACAUUGAAAACAAUGAAUUCUCUGGGUCGAUUCCUGAUAAGAUCAAGGACAUAAAUAACUUGGAGACUGGAGGAAAUUCUUGGUCAUCAGGGUCAUCUUCAUCUUCAAAAAACAAAUCCGAUAAAAAAGGGAAAAGUGGUGGUGGUGGGAAUUCCAUUGCAAUUGGAUUAAUCAUAGCUGGGGUAGCUUUGGGUGUAUUGGCAGUGAUUGCAAUUGUAAUAUCUGUUUUCUCAAGAAGAACAUCUGCGCAUGAGUCACGUUUCCUCGAUGAAGAGAGGUUUAGCAGAAAGUCAUUCUCUCGGGAACUGUCCAGAGAAUUGACAUCUGAAAUGCACAAAGACUUCAAAGAAUACAAGUCAGUGGAACCAUCUGCUUCAAUAGACAUUGUUAGUCUGCAAAAUCUUCCUUCAGUCAGUCUAAAGCAAUCUUUCAGUGACAAUGAGUUUGCGAACCGUAUCAACUCGAGAAGAAGCACAUCGGUUCGUGCAGUAGCCUAUGCCCUGUCUGAUUUGCAGAAUGCUACUGCUAACUUUGCAGCAGGGCGACUUGUGGGUCAGGGUAGUGUUGGACGUGUUUACAGGGCCAAAUAUGCGGACGGCAAGGUAUUAGCGGUGAAAAAGAUAGAUUCGUCUUUAUUUCAAGGAAAAAGAGCAGAAGAGUUUUCAGAAAUGGUUGCGAGCAUAUCGAAGCUUCGGCAUCAGAACAUAGUAGAAUUAGUGGGAUAUUGUUCGGAGCAGGGACAUAACAUGUUAAUAUAUGAGUAUUUCAGGAAUGGUUCGCUGCAUGAUUUCUUGCAUCUGUCAGACGACUACAGCAAACCGCUCACAUGGAACACCAGAGUCAGAAUUGCUUUGGGAAUGGCCAGGGGUCUUGAGUACCUUCAUGAGGUUUGCAGUCCAUCCGUUAUACACAAGGGCAUAAAGUCAAGUAACAUAUUUCUAGAUGUAGAGUUAAACCCUCGUGUUGGGGACUCAGGAUUGGGAAGAUUUAAUGAGCUCACAAGCCAGAGCUUAGGGGUUGGAUAUAAUGCUCCCGAAUGCACCCACCCUUCCGCCUAUACCAUCAAGAGUGACGUUUACAGUUUUGGGGUGGUCAUGUUGGAAUUAUUGACAGGUCGUAUGCCUUUCGACAGUUCCAAAGCCAAAGUAGAACAGUGCCUAGCCCGAUGGGCAACCCCACAGCUGCAUGAUUUGGAUGCAUUGGCCAGCAUGGUGGACCCUGCCCUGCGUGGACUCUACCCUCCCAAGUCACUCUCUCGCUUUGCUGAUAUCAUUGCUCUCUGUGUUCAGUCUGAACCUGAAUUUCGUCCACCAAUGUCAGAGGUAGUGCAAGCUUUGGUUCGUUUAGUUCAGCGAUCAAGUAUGAAAUUGAGAGAGGAUCUUGGAGCUUCUCGGCGUAUGGAUGACGAUGACUACUACUGAACCAUAUCAUUCUUCCUUCUCAUAUUCAAUAAAAUUUGUAUAUAUGCCCACUCACCCCCACGUCCACCCAAACACAUCUUUGAUUAAAGGGAAGAUAUAUGGGAUAUGCAUAUAUCAUUUUUCUUA